UUCAUGUGUAGUAAACGUUACGUCGUCAUGGCUGAACCCGGUUGUUUUAGGAAGUCCAUGGGCCGCUGAACCUGGAUUUGCUUUCCGUAAUGCAAUUUAGUGAAUGUGUUCUCAGUUCUCAGCGGGCAGUGGUUGCAGCCCUCUAACAGCCUCACCAUCUUCAGUCACCAGAGCGUCUCUGACCGUACGAACGACCGAGAAGUGAAGCUAGCUUGAAGCAGCGUUAGCUCAUCCUGCUGCCUGCACAGCAGUUCUGACCAAAGGAGCGCUAAAGCGGAAAGUAGCAUUUGACAACUUUCUGGAGAGGUUUGUAGACAACACAAAAUAAGGUUUGUUACUGGGAAUUUUCUUGCUAGUGGUUCAAAGUUCUUGAUUGUGGAGUUCAGCAUGGCUGGACGCAGUGAAGAUGAAAGUGUGAGCAAUAGCAAUGGAGAAUCAAGUAAUUCUGAUGAUGAGUCUGGAUCGGGAUCAGGCUCAGUCUCUGCUUCGGGUUCAGGCUCCAGUUCUAGCUCCUCUAGCAGUAGCAGCCAGUCAGGGAGCAGUGACUCAGGAAGUGGUUCAGACUCUGGAAGUCAGUCAGAGUCUGACACAGAGAAGUCCAAUGAGAAGAUGGAAGCACCAAAUAAGCCAAACAUUGAUGGAGCGGAGUUCUGGAAGUCCAACCCCAGCAUUCUGGCAGUGCAAAGAUCGGCUAUGCUAAGGAAACAACAACAGCUUCAGCAGCAGCAGCAGCAGAAGAAGAGACGAGGCUCUUCUAACAGUGGAUCAGAUGAGGACUCUUCAAGUAGUGACGAAUCUGACACAAGUGGAUCCAAAAGGAGAGGCAAUUCAGUCUCCUCUGACUCUGAAUCAGGCUCUGCUUCUGGGAGUGAUUCUGGAUCAGAUUCAUCGGAAGAGGAAAACAGUAAUGAAACUGCAUCAGACUAUGAGCCCAGUCUCAAAUUUAAUAGCAGAAAACCUCCAACCAAGAUGAAUUCUCGAAAUGGAACAAAAAGUAACAUUCAGAAAAAGAAAUCCCACAAGUGUUCUUCUGAGGACGAAAAUAGCUACACAAAAGUUGCAUCUGCAGGGCCACGGCGGCAGGCCACGGUCAACAUUAGUUAUAAGGAGGAUGAAGAAAUGAAUACAGAUUCUGAUGAUUUGGUGGAGGUUUUGGGUGAAGAUGUUCCAAUGCCUGAAGAAGAAGAGUUUGAAACAAUUGAAAGAGUAAUGGACUGCAGGAUAGGAAGAAAAAGAGCAACAGGGAGUACAACCACUGUAUAUGCUGUAGAAGCAGAUGGGGACCCCAAUGGUAACUUCGACCCAAAUAAAGAGACUGGCGAGGUCCAAUAUUUCAUUAAGUGGAAGAACUGGGCUCACAUCCAUAACACAUGGGAGACUGAGGAAACACUAAAGUUCCAGAAUGUCAGGGGCAUGAAAAAACUGGAAAACUUCAAGAAAAAGGAACAAGAGAAAAAGAAAUGGUUAAAAGCAGCAUCACCAGAAGAUAGAGAAUAUUUUAACUGUCAGGAGGAAUUGAUGGAUGACCUGCACUCUCAGUAUCGGCUUGUAGAACGUAUUCUAGGACAUUCAAACCAAAAGUCUGCUGCUGGUUACCCAGACUACCUUUGCAAGUGGCAGGGUUUACCAUACUCGGAGUGUAGCUGGGAAGAUGGUGCUCUGAUUGCCAAAAAGUUCCAGAAAUGCAUUGAUGACUACAUGAACAGAAAUCAGUCAAAGACCAUUCCUUCCAGAGAUUUCAAGUUGAUGAAACAGCGACCUAGGUUUGUACCUAUUAAGAAGCAGCCAGCUUACAUCGGAGGUGAUGGACUGGAGCUCAGAGACUACCAGUUGGAUGGUUUAAACUGGAUGGCCCACUCCUGGAGCAAAGGCAACAGUUGUAUCCUUGCUGAUGAGAUGGGCCUGGGGAAGACCAUCCAAACAAUCUCCUUCCUCAACUACCUCUUUCAUGAGCACCAGCUGUAUGGACCAUUCUUACUAGUGGUGCCUCUUUCUACUCUUACAUCUUGGCAAAGGGAGAUACUGUUGUGGGCUCCACAGAUGAAUGUUGUUGUCUACCUUGGAGAUAUCAACAGCAGGAAUAUGAUUCGAACCCAUGAGUGGAUGCAUAUCCAUAACAAGAGGCUGAAAUUUAACAUCCUCCUCACGACAUACGAAAUUCUUCUAAAAGAUAAGUCAUUUUUAGGCAGUGUUAACUGGGCCUUUAUUGGUGUGGAUGAAGCACACAGGCUGAAAAACGACGACUCUCUUCUCUACAAAACAAUGAUUGACUUCAAAUCCAGUCACAGGCUUCUAAUCACAGGAACACCUCUACAGAAUUCCCUGAAAGAGCUCUGGUCGUUGCUACACUUCAUUAUGCCUGAAAAGUUUCAUUCCUGGGAGUUGUUUGAGGAGGAGCAUGGAAAAGGCAGGGACUCAGGAUACGCCAGUCUCCACAAAGAGCUGGAACCUUUCCUGCUGCGUCGUGUCAAGAAGGAUGUUGAAAAAUCUCUGCCAGCUAAAGUGGAGCAGAUCCUCCGAGUGGAAAUGAGCGCUAUCCAGAAACAAUACUACAAAUGGAUUUUAACCAGGAACUAUAAGGCUCUGAGUAAAGGCACAAAAGGCAGCACAUCUGGCUUCCUGAACAUCAUGAUGGAAUUGAAGAAGUGUUGCAAUCACUGUUACCUUAUCAAGCCUCCUGAUGACGAUGAGUGCCUCAACAAAACAGAAGCUUUACAGCAACUGAUCCGCAGUAGUGGGAAGCUUGUGCUUCUGGACAAGCUGCUGGUCCGUUUAAAGGAGCGAGGUCACAGAGUUCUCAUCUUCUCUCAGAUGGUACGGAUGCUCGACAUUCUGGCUGAAUAUUUAAGGAGCAGGCAGUUCCUCUUUCAGCGAUUAGAUGGCUCCAUCAAAGGGGAAAUACGGAAACAAGCCUUGGAUCAUUUUAAUGCAGAGGGCUCAGAGGAUUUCUGCUUCUUGUUAUCUACACGUGCGGGUGGACUGGGCAUCAAUCUAGCGUCGGCUGACACAGUGGUGAUCUUUGACUCAGAUUGGAAUCCCCAAAAUGAUCUUCAAGCUCAAGCAAGAGCCCACAGAAUAGGACAGAAAAGACAGGUAAAUAUCUAUCGGCUGGUGACAAAAAGCUCAGUGGAGGAAGAUAUCAUUGAGAGGGCAAAAAAGAAAAUGGUGCUAGACCACCUCGUCAUUCAAAGAAUGGACACUACAGGAAAAACCGUCUUGCAUACCGGGGCUGCACCCUCUAGCUCAGCACCUUUUAGUAAAGAGGAACUAUCAGCCAUUCUGAAGUUUGGUGCUGAAGAGCUUUUCAAAGAGCCAGAAGGUGAAGAGCAGGAGCCUCAGGAAAUGGACAUUGAUGAGAUCCUGAAAAGAGCUGAAACCAGAGAGAAUGAUCCUGGACCAUCCACUGUUGGAGAGGAAUUGCUGUCUCAGUUUAAGGUUGCCAACUUCUCCAUGAUGGAAGAUGAAGACAUUGAUAUUGAUUCCGAGAGAAGUCAACGGAGCUGGGAUGACAUAAUACCUGAAGAACAGAGAAGAAGGAUGGAGGAAGAGGAAAGACAGAAGGAGCUGGAAGAAAUUUACCUGUUACCACGCAUGAGGAAUUGUGCCAAACAGAUAACAUUUAACUCUGAGAGGCGGCAGAGUAGGAACAGGAGAUAUUCUGGCUCUGAUAGCGACUCCAUUUCGGACCGAAAGAGACCAAAAAAACGAGGAAGACCUCGGACUAUUCCACGGGAAAAUAUUAAAGGUUUUACAGAUGCUGAGAUCCGCAGGUUUGUCAAGAGCUACAAAAAAUUUGGUGGACCCCUUGAAAGGUUGGAUGCCAUUGCUCGCGAUGCUGAACUUGUGGAUAAAUCUGAACAUGACCUGAAACGCUUAGCAGACACUGUUCAUAAUGGAUGUGUAAAAACACUACGUGAAAACCCUUGUGGACCAGAGAAGACAUCAGGAGGCAGACGAGGAAAAGUUAAAGGUCCCACAUUUAGGAUCUCUGGAGUCCAAGUUAAUGCCAAGCUUGUUAUCUCCCAUGAAGAAGAAUUGGCUCCACUACACAAGGCCAUCCCUGCUGAUCCAGAGGAGAGAAAGAAGUAUAUGAUUCCAUGUCACUCAAAAGCGGCACACUUUGACAUUGAAUGGGGGAAGGAGGAUGAUUCAAGUCUUCUCAUAGGAAUUUAUGAAUAUGGUUAUGGCAGCUGGGAGAUGAUCAAGAUGGACCCAGACUUAAAUCUCACACACAAGCUACUACCAGAUGAUCCUGACAAGAAGCCACAAGCCAAGCAACUUCAAGCCAGAGCAGACUACCUCAUCAAAUUACUGAGCAAGGAUCUGGCCAAAAAAGAAGCACAGAAACAAACUGGAACAGCAAAUUCACGGAAGAGGAAGCCGAGAAGGAAAAUGGGCAAAACUCUAAAGUCAAUAAAGGGGGAUGAUGUGAUAAAAAGCCCCUCUUCAGAUCUGACGUCAGACAAGAGGUCUGAUGAUGAAAAUGAAACUGAUGUUGAAAAGAUGGCAGCAGGGAAGGCGGCAAGCAAACUCAUUCAACGAGAUAAGUUGAAGGGAAAGGACGAUUAUGACCCUGAAGCUUCUUCAUCAGAGGAGAGGGAUGGUGAAGAAAAUGAGAAAAAAGAGAAGGCUGAAAUCUCUGACAUCAAAGAGGCUGAGGAGUCAAAAGAUAGGAGGGAAAUUAAACUUUUUGAGCCAAUUCAGAAACAGGAGGAUGGAGUAAAGAUUGAAGUAAAGGGUGAGGUACGAGAACGGACAAAGAAACCCUUAAACAUACCUGUUCAGAAGACAUGUAUUGCAGAAAAUAUGCCAAUAUGUGAGGAGUCUGAGGAACUGGACCAAAGAACUUUCAGUGUGUGCAAAGAGAGGAUGCGACCUGUAAAAGCUGCCUUAAAGCAGCUGGACAGACCAGAAAAAGGCCUGUCAGAGCGUGAGCAGCUGGAACACACCAGACAGUGCCUCAUAAAGAUUGGAGACCACAUCACUCAGUGUUUAAAGGAGUACUCCAAUCCUGAACAGAUCAAACAAUGGAGAAAGAACCUGUGGAUAUUUGUUUCCAAAUUUACAGAGUUUGAUGCGAGAAAACUACACAAAUUGUAUAAGCACGCAAUCAAGAAAAGACAAGAAAAUGCCCAAGCUGUGGAGCAGAAUACUAGAAAUUUAAACACUACAGGCUAUAAGCAUUCGGAUGCUGAAAGGCUGAAGGAUAACUCCCACCAAGAUGACAGCAGCAGAGACAGCUACAGCUCGGACAGACAUCAGCCUUCUGGAAGAUACCAGGAAAGCAGCAGUAAUAAAGACAAACAUAGCUCUGAAUCCCUCAAGAAGACCAGUGUGGUAGACUCCAGGAAAAGACCUUACUCUUCUUUCAGCAAUGGGAAAGAUCACAGAGACCACUACAGGGCAGACAGCCGAGACAAACAGGACAGAUAUAACGACAGUAAGCAUAGAAAACUUGAGGAAUUCCGCACCAACAGAGACCAACGACAGGAUGUGAAGGAUCUUUCUCAUUCAGACUACCGUUCGUCCUACCGCUACCACUCGGACUGGCAAACAGAUCAGCGAGCGUCAGCAAGUGGGGCUCGUUCUCCUCGAGAUGAACGCUCACCUUGUGACUCUCACUCACCAUUUGACUACUCUUCAGACCACAAAAGUACGCCAGAGCAGAUCUGGAGCAGCCGUAAAACAUAGCAGGAGCUACUUUGAUCUAUAGCAGCAGUCCUAGACUUGGUAACACAGCAAAUGCCUUAUGCUGAACUAGGGUCCCCCACCCUGAAGCUGUUUGAAGCACCGUGUAUCAGUUUGUUCAUUUCUUUUGUCAGCAAGAGUGGCAGGGUCCACAAUCUGUAGACCCGUCAGAAAAAAGCUUCAGAGUCCAUUAAGUUCUAUGGCUCACAGCCAAAAGGUUGUUACUAUCCUAAAGCUUGAAGUGGACAUAAUUGACCCUUAAUGCUGCCUCCAAUUCCUCCCAACAAAUGACACUGGAUCUUAUAUUUGACUAUCCUCAUUUCUUGUCUUUGUGUUAAAGCUUAAUGUGACCUUCCUUAUUUAAGUGUUAAAACGGUCAGAAGUCACAUGAACCGUGAUGUGUAAAGGUGUCUGGUUUAAUCCAGUCUGGACUCAGGCUCAACACCUGCAGUACCUCAUUUACAACAUUUUUCAGUUUUCCCCACCAGCAACUUUGUAAAUUGUUUAAUAAGAUAAAUAGAAAAUGUAACUUGGAUUUUUUUUUUUUUACAUAAAAUAAUGUUUUUGUACAUAUUAUUUUUUUAUGUUAUGUAACAUAGUAAAUCAGUGAACUGUUUCCUCAGGCUUAUUAUGACUCCACUUUCCUCUUAACUCAGGCUUUUUUCAUCAUUGUAUAAGUGAGUUUCCUUUUGUCCUAGUAAUAUCAGAAUGUAUUUUUAAAGGGAAGGUUUCACAUUUUUCACUACUGUAAAGUCUUCAGUAUGGUGAAAUGAAAAUUGGAAGCUGACCUUCAUCACAUUUGCAUAGUGUAGUCUCGGCAGAAGCCCCUCUAAGAAUUUAAAUCAAUUUGAUUUUUUUCAAUGUAUUUUCCAUGUAGGCAAUAAUAUUGUCAAUGUGUCUAUGCAGCCAAGUAUGUUGUUGGUUUAAAACACCAAACUGAAUGAAGUCACUGUUGAGAUUUAAACUUGUAUAAAUUUCCUAUAUAUUUACUAAGGAAUUUACACUGAAAGUGCAUGAAUUUUUAUGGACUGUUUUAUAUAGUUGUUUAUAAAAUCAUUAAAAUCUGUCACUGUACUCA